AUGAAUUUUAGUCAAAUUGAAAACCAUUUUAAUACAACUACAAAUGUUAACCUUAUAUUAUCUAGUCAAAAACAUCAUCAUUUUAUUGUUGUUUUUAUUAUAAUUGGUAUUCAUGUUACGAUUAUAUGUCUUCUUGCUUUAUACAUAUUAUAUGCACUUCGCUGUAUGACAAAUCAAGCUGGUACUGUAAUAUCAUUAUCAACAUGUAUAUUUGAACUUAAUAUCAAUGAUCCGAUUCCUGAUGAUGUAACAUUAUCAGCAACAUUCAGCGAUUGUGCAAUACAUGAAGCUGAUUCUAUGUCAUUACUCGGUCAUACUGAUGGUUCUUGUUAUUCUGAAGUUUCAAUUGAUUAUAAUACACAAAAAAUGAAAGUUUAUUUAACUCAUGUUACUGGUUUACAAUCAUUUUCAGAUCCUUAUGAUAAUAUGCUUGGUUUUGCUAAUGGUAUAAAAAGUGUUGUACAAUAUAAAAUUGCUGGUAAUUUAGAACAAGCAAAAAUACAAAUGACAACACGUAUUCAAUGCAAAACAUCUGAUAAUUGUGCACUUGAUAAACUUCGUAAUCUUUUAUCGAAUUUAACUAUUACUGAAACAAGAUUAGAUAUAUUCAAGAAAAUUAUUGGGCUACUUGACACAUCCGAUUCAAUAGGAAUAUCUGGACUUAGUUGUAUCAAAGAUGAUAUUGAUGUACAAUGUGAAAAUAAUGAACAUCAUUGUAUAUUUAGUUUCUCGAAAGGUCAUUCAUUACGAAAAGAUUGUGCUAUGAACUAUUCUCAUGUACAAUAUGAUAUAGAAUAUCGAUUUAAUAUAAUUGAAGAAAUAUCAAAUUAUGGAAUUGAUAAUUCACAUAAUGCGUUUAAAUUUUUUUAUUUAUGUAAUUCAGAUUUUUGUAAUAAUGAUGGUCAUGUCGUAAAAGUUGAUCAUUUAUUAUAUUCAUUUGCAUUGGCAUCAUUAACAAAUGAUAAGAUUAAUAAUACAAAUACAAAUUAUAAUCAACCAUCACCACAAAUUAGUCCAACGCCACCAAACAAAAUAAAAUCAAAUAAACAAUUAGGUGGAAAACCACCAUCGAUAUAUGAAAAUCUUUCUAUAACAUAUUAUAUCGAAGAAUAA